AUGUUAUCCGAGGGUUUUGCCCCGGCGCCUGAGCGCAACCCUCACCUUUACGGGCCAAGGGCAAGGCAGAACAGGGCAAAAUGCUCACAGCUGGCCGCGGAUUUCUUCAAGGACAGCGUCAAGCGAGCUCGUGAGCGGAACCUACGCCAGAAUGAGUUGGAGCAACGUUUGAGGGACCCAAGGUGCAGCCAGGAGACAUCUUGGACCAACGCAGGAAGGCAAGAAGCCAGGUAUUUGCGGUUUCUCAGGACCCGCAACAAGGCCGACGACUAUGAAACCAUCAAGCUCAUUGGCAAGGGCGCGUUCGGCGAGGUCAAGCUGGUGCGCAAGAAGACUGACGCCAAGAUCUACGCUCUGAAGUCUUUGGUGAAGACGGAAAUGGUCGCUGGGGACCAAGUGGCCCGGGUGCGAGCGGAAAGAGACAUACUCGCAGAAUCUGACAGCCCAUGGGUCGUCAAGCUCUUUACGACAUUUCAGGACACCAAGUUUCUGUACAUGUUAAUGGAGUUUCUGCCAGGGGGAGACCUGAUGACGAUGUUGAUUAAAUACGAUAUAUUCAGCGAGGACAUAACGAGGUUCUAUAUCGCUGAGAUCAUCAUGGCUAUCGAGGCCGUUCACAAACUGGAGUUCAUACACAGAGAUAUCAAGCCAGAUAACAUCCUGUUGGAUCGAGGUGGCCAUGUCAAGCUCACAGAUUUCGGUCUUUCAACCGGCUUCCGGAAGUUACAUGAUAAUAACUAUUAUCACCAACUCUUGAAUGGCGGCGCGGACGGACCCUCUCGCAAUUCACAGAAUUUCAAUCGAUACUCUGUUAAUAUCGACCAGAUCAGCCUCACUGUCAGUAACCGCGCACAAAUCAACGAGUGGAGAAAGUCGCGUCGAUUAAUGGCGUACUCUGCUGUUGGCACACCGGAUUACAUAGCGCCUGAGAUCCUGACGGGUAACGGGUACUCUUUUGACUGCGACUGGUGGUCACUGGGGACAAUCAUGUUCGAGUGUCUGGUCGGCUGGCCCCCUUUUUGCGCAGAAGACCGGCGAGACGUCUACCGGAAGAUAGUCAACUGGCAGCACUGCCUCUACUUCCCAGACGACGUCCGAGUAGGCCACUAUGCCCAGCACCUCAUUCGAAGCCUCGUCUGCAACAGCGAGAACCGCCUCGGCCGCAGCGGGGCCCACGAGCUGAAGAGCCACCCCUUCUUCGCGGGCGUCGACUUCGACAACCUGCGCCGCUUCCGCGCGCCCUUCGAGCCGCGCCUCACGUCCGACAUCGACACCGCCUACUUCCCCACCGAGGAUCUGGAGCAGCAGGCGGCUGCAGCCAUGGAGAUCGACGGCGGGCUCGAGGCCGCCGCCGCGCCCGAGCCGCAGGAGACACCCGAGAUGACCCUUCCCUUCAUCGGGUACACCUUCAAGCGAUUCGAGAAUAACUUCCGCUGA